GAUCACGUGAUCUGAUUUAGACCACGCCCAUUUUAAGAUGGACGAUUUCUCUGGACUAACUGCCAAUGAUAUACUCAAGUUAGACGAGCGAGAUGGAGAAAGAGAGAGUCCUGAAGUAGAAGAAAGAGACAGUCCCGAGAGAGAGGAAGACAAUAUAAAGAAUGAGGAGCCUCAACGAGAGAGUGUUCCCUUCCACGAGCCUUCUCCUUCAGUAAACGAGAGAACUUCUCCCCAAUCUUCAACCAGUAGCUCCAGUAAUGGUGUCAGCAGCUUUGGUCGUGCUGGGGUGGUCUCUUUGAAAGAUUACACAUUUCCACAGUCCAAUUACGAGCGGGACACUCCUGAUCAGUUCCUCCUUGCUUUCAUUGGGCGGGAGUUUGACAGUCCACAGAUUAUUACAACCAAACUUGAGUUACUAGUACCUUUAGCAGAAAAUAAUCGUCCAUUGAUGAAACUGGUACCGUUUACUGUUAAACGGAGCGUUCUGGUUAAGGGAAACUUUGACAUAUCAGAAAUAAGAGAGUUUGAUGGUGUUGUGCUUUGCUACAAUGCUUCUGAAGCAAGGAUAUUACUUACUGGAACUGAUGGAUAUUACACUCAAUUAAUAAAGAGACUAGAAUCAGUCCUAGGACCUAAUAAAGUCGCUUUCUUAAUUACUAAUUAUGUUUCUGAUUCUGGCUCCACCCACUCAUUAAUUAAUCCUGAUCUCAAAGAAAGACUAACACAUCAGUCUGAUCUCAAUAAAUAUUUAGAAUCGGAUCAAGUCUUGUCGUGGCAUCAGGACCCGAGAGAGUGUCAUGUGACUAAAUUAAUAGAAAUAGCAAAGUCUGAACCUAAUCCUCAUAAUAAUUGCACAAUAAUUUAAAUUAAACAACAUCUCUUGUGUCCAUAGUGUC